AACCUCUACAGAAUGCCUGGUUCUGCCUCUACCAACUGCCUGGGGCCAUGGCCCAAAGAUGUGGGUAUCAUUGCCAUGGAACUGUACUUUCCAUCCCAGUAUGUGGACCAAGCUGAACUAGAACAGUUUGAUGGAGUUGCAGCUGGCAAAUACACAAUAGGCUUGGGUCAAGCCUGCAUGGGGUUCUGCUCAGACUGUGAGGAUAUCAACUCCCUUUGCCUGACAGUGGUCCAACGGCUGAUGGAGAAGAACGGCCUCUCCUAUGAUUCGAUAGGGCGUUUGGAAGUUGGCACUGAGAGCAUUAUUGAUAAGUCCAAGUCUGUGAAAACGGUCCUCAUGCAACUCUUUGAGGACUCUGGCAAUACCGACGUAGAGGGCAUCGACACUACGAACGCCUGUUAUGGUGGCACGGCGGCACUCUUCAAUGCUGUGAACUGGGUUGAGUCCAGCUCAUGGGAUGGGCGCUAUGCUUUGGUUGUAGCUGGAGACAUUGCUGUUUACGCCUCAGGAAGUGCCAGACCUACGGGCGGUGCUGGUGCCGUGGCAAUGCUCAUUGGGCCCAACGCUCCUUUGGCCUUUGAACGAGGCCUGCGUGGAACCCACAUGCAGCAUGCGUAUGACUUCUACAAACCUAACCUCAUGUCAGAGUAUCCAGUGGUGGAUGGCAAGCUGUCUAUUGAGUGCUACCUGAGUGCCUUGGACCGCUGCUACUCUGUGUACCGGAAUAAGAUACAUGCUCAGUGGCAAAGAGAAGAUUCAGAGAAGCGCUUUUCUUUGGAGGACUUUGGCUUUCUCGUCUUCCACUCGCCAUAUUGCAAGCUGGUGCAAAAGUCUCUAGCCAGAUUGAUGCUGAAUGACUUCCUGAACCACCCCUGCCCAAACACUGAAACGGGGCCCUUUAGUGGCCUCGAAGCUUUCAGAGACGUCAAGCCAGAGGAAACCUACUUUGACCGAGAUGUUGAGAAGGCCUUCAUGAAAGCCAGUGCCGACUUGUUUGAGAGAAAAACCAAGCUGUCCUUGCUCAUAUCCAACCAGAAUGGCAACAUGUAUACACCCUCUGUCUACGGCUGCUUGGCAUCUGUCAUUGCGCAGCACACAUCAUCACAGUUGGCAGGUCAGAGGAUUGGAGUUUUCUCCUAUGGAUCUGGAUUUGCUGCAACUCUUUAUUCUCUCAGGGUCUCACAGGACCACACGCCUGGUUCUGCUCUUGACAAACUUAUCAGUAGCAUGAGUGACCUCAAAGUUAGGCUGGAGUCGAGGAGGAAAGUUUCACCUGAUGUAUUCUCAGAAAACAUGAAGCUCAGAGAAGAAACCCAUCACCUAGCCAGUUACGUCCCUCGUGGCUGUGUGGAGGACCUAUUUCCAGGUACUUGGUACUUGACACGAGUCGAUGAGAAACACCGCAGGGAAUAUGCCAGGAGACCUCUGGACAGCGACUUGCCCUCAGAACCAGAACGUAUUCGCUCCAGCACUGGCACUGAGCACAUCCCAAGUCCAGCCAAGAAGAUGCCACGCAUUCCUGUCACCAAUUCCAACGCUGACACCGGCGUCAGUAACUGA